AACAGUCGGGACAGCGACACCAGUGAGUGUUACUGCUGUCGAUGCGCAAGCAGCUCCGACUUGGGAAAUGAGUGAGUGAGCUCAGGUGCAAUGAAGGGAACGUGGUUGAUAACAAGGGCUGCAAUGGCACUCAAUGCCUCUAGGAGAUGGGUAAGUCGACGUUACAGAGCAAGACAUGGUAGACAGUCAAGUUAAAGAAUCCGUACCGAACGAGAGGGCCUGGAUUGGAAAAGGAAAGAAUGAAGAGAGACCCAGGUCACAGAAGCAUAAUAGCAGACUUGCAAAGUCUCAGAAGAACCUUUGGCCGUCCACCAAAACCCCUGAGCGCUUACGAAAGAAUCAACCAGCAGACAAAAAAAUACAACGAGAGAAAAAAAAAAAACUCAGAGAGCUUCUAGCCCUGACUGGGGAAGGGGGAAAGGAGCGAGCGAGUGGAAAAGACGUAGAAACCAGAAAGAAGGGCAGGCAGCACCCCAGGUCGCGUCAAGACACCGUCUCGUGGGCGAUAGAUAGCUAGCUAGCCAAGGCCUCACACGGAUGGGAAAAUAAGAAGGCCAAGGAAGGGUUCUCCAGUAACCCGGCGAACCAAAAGUCAGACGUUGAUAUUAAAGUGCUUCAUUUCCGUGCAUGGCUGGGCCAAGGGCAUGGGACCGGGCUCAGGGCGUGGUGGACGUUUGGGAGU